AACAUUAAAACUCAAAGUGUACGCGCGUCACGGAGAGCAGCGGGGUCGCGCGCGCCGCGUGUUUAUCCACGAGAGGUCCUCGGGAGCGCGCCCUGGCCGAGGAAGGUGAGCGUCUGGAGGACUCGGGAGCGAGCAGCCGAUCGAUCCGAUUAAAGUCGAUUAGAGAGAAAUUAACACAAAGGAGAGCAGAGCUCGCGGUCCCCCGUCCUGAACCACGCGCCGAGAGACUCGAGACCGGGACGUGAACUUUAUCUCUGGACCCACGGAGCUCUAGCAAAAGAGGGAUUCGAUCAAAGAAGUGACCGAGCUUGUCGGGAGUCAGAGGAGGAGCAUGGAGUAGCAGGCAGCAGCAGCUAGUCUUCACCUCCCAGCGGACCCUGUGGUCCCAUGGCGGACCCCGGGAUGCUGAGCCUGUUCGGAGACGAUGCGGGGCUGUUCUCAGACGGCCUGGACGGCCUGGCCGACUGCUUCCCCCAGCAGGGGGCGCCCCCGCCCGGCCAGCCCGGGGGGAACCCCGCCUCCCUGGGCAUGGACCACCAGGGGGGUGGGGGGGCGUACCACCAGGGCCUGGGACAGCCCAAGCUGGGCCAGUUGUACGACCACGGCCCAUACGCCGGUCACAUGAUGCCCCAGGCGGGGCAGGGCGGCGGCCCGCCCAACGUCAACGCCCCUAUGAACGGCAUGGGCAACCGUUACCACGGCAGCCCCGCCAACCCCCAUCACGGUUACCCCGGUGACCCCGGGGGUGGUGGGGGGGGAGGAGCGGCGGCGGGAGGAGGGGGAGGAGUUUGGGGCCAACAACAACAACAACAACAGCAGCAGCAGCAGAGCAGAUCGCCCUAUCAGCAGCCUCCGGCCCAGCCAGGGGGCGGGCCCAACCAGAUGGCGGCCUAUCAGAUGCCUCGCAGUGACUACGGCGGCAUGGCGGGCGCCAACUCAACCCCCAACGCGGGCCGCAUGGCCCAACACUACCCCCCCGCCCCCCAGGACCCCGCCCACUACCUGGGCCAUGGGGGCAUGGGCGGUGCCCAGAUGAGGCUCCCCCAGCCCCCCGCCCAGCAGCAGCAGCCCCAGCAGGGCUACCCCAACAUGGGCCACACGCCCCGCUACCCCCACUCCCCCUCCAGACAGACCCCCCACCCCCACCAGCACCACCAAGCCAUGGCCGGAUUCCCGGGAGGGCAGUACCCCGGCUACCAGGGUCAGUACGGGGCCAUGGGCCAAGCUAUGGGGCCCUCCAUGGCCCAGGGGCCCCCCAUGGCCCAGGCCAACAACCAGGCUAACGCUAACCCAGGCCAGGCCAUGGGCCCAGGGCAGCUGGCCCAGCGGUACGCCCAGGGGUCAGGCCCUGCUGCCGGGCCCCAGGUCCGCUACCCCCCAGGACCUCCACACCAGCCUAUGCACCCCCAGGGCCUGGCCCAGGCCCCCAGCCAGGCCUCGCCCCACCUCGGCCCCCCGGCUCAGGGGGCCUACCCUCCCCCCUCCUCCAUGUCCCCAAUGCGGGGCCUGGGCACACCCACUCCCCCGCCCCAGCAGGGCCGGCCCCCCAGUGCCGGGCUUGCUGGGCCCCCGGAGGUGUCGGGAUACCAGUCGGCCCCCGGCCCCAUGGUGGCCCCCCUGCAGCGGGCCCCCCAGCACCAGCAGGCCCACGGCAUGCCCCCCGGUCAGAUGUACCCAGGGAUGAGCCCCCACUGCGGGCCCCAGAUGGCCCCUGGCCGGCCCCAACACCAGCCAGGGCCUCACGAGGCCCCACCCAGCCAGGCAGGGGACCCGCGGCAGCUGGUUGCCCAGCAGCAGGCCUCCCGGGGCGGGCAGCCCCUGCAGCCCGCCACCCUGGGCUUCCCGGGCCCGGCCGCCACUCAGCACGGGGCCCCGCCCCCCAACCAGGGCCUGGCCCCGCCCCCCCAGGGAGCCACACCCCACGCACACCUGCCCCCCCAUCCUCACCACCUGCAGAUGACCCCCCCGGCCCCCGGGCAGCCGCCCCUCCCCUGGGCCCCGGCCGCCUCCCACCCCCUGGCCUCACCCCCCCUCACCCCACAGAAAGUGCCUCAGAUCCGGCCUUCCCCAUCGGACCUGCCCGGCGAAGCCUUAGCGACGGCCCCGGAUAGGCCGGCUGCCGCCCCGGGCCAGCCAAUGGACGGCGAGCAGCCCGGCGGCCCGGACACCAAGCCAAAAAAGAAGAAGAAGAGUAAGAAGGUCAAGAUGGCAGAGGGGGAGGAGCCAGAGCAGGGGCGGAACCCCUCGGAGGACGGGACCCCCCCGGCCGGCGACGGGCAGUCCGGCGCCAUGGCAACCAGUCCCCCUGCAGAGAAGAGGAAGAGGAAGAAAAAACCAAAGGAGAAGGUGGAGGGCAAGGAGCCCAAAGAACCCAAGACCCCCAAGACCCCCAAAACCCCCAAGACCCCCAAAGAGCCCAAAGAGCCCAAGGAGAAGAAGACCAAGAACUCCACCCCCAAGACCAAGACCCCCAAGAAGACCAGCACCAAGAAGGCGGAGUCGGAGGGCGGGGCCAGCGCCACCAAGAAGGACUCCAAGAGGAAGAGGGAGCCGUCAAUUAGCGAAGACGUUGAGGUGAAAUCCCCGCCCCCCUCACCUGAAGACGACGAUGACGAUGGAACCCAGAAGAGGCGGUCCAGCCGGCAGGUGAAGAGGAAGCGCUACACUGAGGAGCUGGAGUUCAGGAUCUCAGACGAAGACGACAGCGGAGAGGACUCCCCCGCGGGCCAGUCCCCCUCCUCCCAGCACCAGGAUCUGGUUGAGACUGAGGGACCUGUCGUAGAGAAAAUCAUGACCAUGCGAAUCACCAAGAAACAGCAGGAAUCGGGAGAGGAGCUGGAGGUGGAGGAGUUCUACGUGAAGUUCAAGAGCUUCUCCUACCUGCACUGUCGCUGGGCGGACCUGCCGGAGCUGGAGAAGGACAAGAGGAUCCACCAGAAGAUCAAGAGGUUCAGAGCCAAGCAGCUGCUCAACAACUUCAUCACCGAGAUGGACGACGAGCCUUUCAACCCGGACUACGUGGAGGUGGACCGCGUGCUGGACGUGUCGGAGAGCCCCGACGAGAACGGAGAGACGGUGACCCUCUACCUGGUGAAGUGGUGCGGUCUGCCCUAUGAAGACUCCACCUGGGAGCUCAAGUCAGACAUCGACCAAUCAAAGAUAGACGACUAUGACGUCAUCGCCCAGCGCGCGCCCAACACCAAGCACGUGGACCGCCCCCCCAUGGACGGCUGGAAGCGCUGUGAGGCCUCCAAGGACUACAGGAACAGCAACUCUCUCAGGGAGUACCAGCUGGAGGGCCUAAACUGGCUGACCUUCAACUGGUACAACAAUCGUAACUGUAUCCUGGCUGACGAGAUGGGUCUGGGUAAGACCAUCCAGUCCAUCACCUUCCUCCACGAGGUCUUCCUCACGGGGAUCCAGGGCCCCUUCCUGGUGAUCGCCCCGCUCUCCACCAUCCCCAACUGGGAGCGCGAGUUCCGCACCUGGACGGAGCUCAACGCCGUGGUCUACCACGGCAGCCAGGCCAGCCGCAAGACCAUCCAGGCCUACGAGAUGUACUACCGGGACCCCCAGGGUAAGGUGAUCAAAGGAGCGUACCGGUUCCAUGCGGUCAUCACCACCUUCGAGAUGAUCCUGACGGACUGCCCCGAGCUGCGCAGCGUGCCCUGGCGCUGCGUGGUCAUUGACGAGGCCCACCGCCUCAAGAACCGCAACUGCAAACUCCUGGAGGGCCUGAAGAUGAUGGACAUGGAGCACAAGGUGCUGCUGACCGGGACUCCUCUCCAGAACACCGUGGAGGAGCUCUUCAGUCUGCUCAACUUCCUGGAGCCGGAGCGCUUCCCCUCGGAGCACACCUUCAUGGCGGAGUUCGGAGACCUGAAGACCGAGGAGCAGGUCCAGAAUCUGCAGGCCAUCCUGAAGCCCAUGAUGCUGCGGCGGCUGAAGGAGGACGUGGAGAAGAACCUGGCUCCUAAAGAGGAGACCAUCAUCGAGGUGGAGCUCACCAACAUCCAGAAGAAGUACUACCGGGCCAUCCUGGAGAAGAACUUCUCCUUCCUGUCUAAAGGCGGCGUAGGAGGAGGGAGCGGUGGAGGAGGAGCAGGACCCAACGUCCCCAACCUCCUCAACACCAUGAUGGAGCUGAGGAAGUGCUGCAACCACCCCUACCUCAUCAAAGGCGCGGAGGAGAAGAUCGUGGACGAGUUCCGGGAGACCCACGUGCAGGCGGAGACGCCCGACUUCCACCUGCAGGCGAUGGUGCAGGCGGCCGGAAAGCUGGUGCUGAUCGACAAGCUGCUGCCCAAGCUGAAGGCCGGGGGCCACCGCGUGCUCGUCUUCUCCCAGAUGGUCCGCUGCCUGGACAUCCUGGAGGACUACCUCAUCCAGAGACGGUAUCCGUACGAGCGUAUCGAUGGGCGUGUGCGCGGGAACCUGCGGCAAGCGGCCAUCGACCGGUUCUCGCGGCCGGACUCGGACCGCUUCGUCUUCCUGCUGUGCACGCGGGCGGGAGGGCUGGGCAUCAACCUCACCGCCGCCGACACCUGUAUCAUCUUCGACUCGGACUGGAACCCCCAGAACGACCUGCAGGCCCAGGCUCGCUGCCACAGGAUUGGCCAGUCGAAGGCGGUGAAGAUCUACCGGCUUAUCACCAGGAACUCGUACGAGCGGGAGAUGUUCGACAAGGCCAGCUUGAAGCUGGGGCUGGACAAAGCCGUGCUGCAGAGCAUGAGCGGGCGGGACAACGCCGCCAACGGGGCGCCUCAGCUGUCCAAGAAGGAGGUGGAGGACCUGCUGAAGAAGGGGGCGUACGGCGCGCUGAUGGACGAGGAGGACGAGGGCUCAAAGUUCUGCGAGGAAGACAUCGACCAGAUCCUGCAGAGGAGGACCCAGACCAUCACCAUCGAAACGGAGGGCAAGGGCUCCACCUUCGCCAAGGCAAGCUUCGUCUCCGCCGGCAACAGGACGGACAUCUCUCUGGAGGAUCCUGACUUCUGGCAGAAAUGGGCCAAGAAGGCGGAGCUAGACCUGGACGCCAUCCAUGGACGGAACACGCUGGUGAUUGACACGCCGCGCGUCAGGAAGCAGACGAGACACUUCAGCAGCGCCAAGGAGGACGAGAUGCUGGAGUUUUCUGAGCUGGAGAGCGAAGGCGAGGAGCCCAGCCGGCCCACUGCCAAACCCCGUCGGCCCCAGGACCGCGCCCAGGGGUACCCCCGCUCUGAGUGCUUUAGGGUGGAGAAGAACCUGCUGGUCUAUGGCUGGGGGCGGUGGAGUGACAUCCUGUCCCAUGGGCGCUACAAGCGUCCCCUGCGGGAGGCGGACGUGGAGACGAUCUGCCGGGCGCUGCUGGCCUACUGCCUCCUCCAUUACCGCGGCGACGAGAACAUCAAGAGCUUCAUCUGGGACCUAAUCGCCCCCAACGCCGACGGGACAACCAACACCCUCAGCAACCACUCAGGUCUCUCUACCCCGGUUCCUCGGGGUAGGAAGGGCAAGAAAGGAAAGCUUCAAGCCCCGCUCCCUCAGACUCCACGUGCUGAUUGGCUGGCUGGCUGUAACCCCGACCACCUGCUGCAGGAGGACAGCUACAAACGGCACCUCAAACACCACUGUAACAAGGUGCUGCUGAGGGUCAGGAUGUUGUACUACCUCAGACAGGAAGUCAUCGGAGACCAGGCUGACCGCAUCCUGGAAGGAGCAGAGAUCAGUGAGCUGGACGUGUGGAUCCCCCAGCCCCUCCAUGCGGAGGUCCCUGCUGAUUGGUGGAACUCUGAGGCGGACAAGUCCCUGCUGAUAGGAGUCUUCAAACACGGCUAUGAGAAGUACACGUCGAUGCGAGCUGACCCUGGUCUGUGUUUCCUGGAGCGCGUUGGAAUGCCCGACGCUAAGGCCAUGGCCGCCGAGCAGAGAGGAGCGGACAUGAUGACGGACGGCGUAGAGGGGGAGGAGGAAGACCCCGAGUACAAGCUCAGGAUGACCUUCAAAGACGAGAUGGACGAGUUCACCAACUCCCCCCUGGAGGAGCCCCAGGAGGCGGACCCCGAGGCCAAGUCAGGAGAGAACGGCCGAGUGGGCGGGGCCUCGGGCCAGGCAGGACGUCUCUAUUGGCCGGCGGCCUCUGCGCUGACGGCCCGCCUGCGGCGCCUGGUGACGGCGUACCAGCGCUCCAACCGCCGAGAGCUGCAGCGGCAGGAGGCCCUCAGCCGGCCGGACGGCCGCCGCCGCCGCCGCCGCGACUUCAACCCCGACCUCGCCAUGCUGCCACCCGCCGAGGGGGGCGCGGCCUACCUGCAGGAGGGCGGGGUCUUCAUGGCGGAAGGGGGUGCGGCCUACCUGGCCAAGAGCGGGCCCUUCGUACCCGAGGCCGCCACCCACACGGCGCUCAUGGGAGAGCUGUUCUUCAAGGAGAGACGGCAGAGGUGGACGCGUCGGGAGGAGGCAGACUUCUACCGGGUGGUGUCAAUCGGGGUGGUGUUCCACCCCCCGCGGCAGGGCUUUGACUGGGCCCAGUUCAGGGCUUUCGCCCGGCUGGACAAGAAGACGGACGAGAGCCUGGAGAAAUACUACUAUUCCUUUAUCGCCAUGUGCAAGAGGGUGUGCCGCAUGAGCCUCAAGACACACUCAGAGCUCCCUGACCCCACCCUGAUCAUCGACCCCAUCACUGAGGAGCGCGCCUCCCGGACCCUGUACCGCAUCGAGCUGCUGCGCCGCAUCCGGGAGCAGGUGCUGCCCCACCCGCAGCUGACGGAGCGCCUGCUGCUGUGCCAGCCCUCCCCUGACCUCCCCGACUGGUGGGAGUGCGGUCGCCACGACCACGACCUGUUGCUAGGCGCCUCGCGGCACGGCGUGAGCCGCACGGACUACCACAUCCUCAACGACCCCGAGCUCGCCUUCCUGGAGGCCCACCGCCGCCACGCCCAUAAGGGCGGGGCCGUGGCAAGACACGCCCCCACGCCUGACCCUGGAGCCACGCCCCUCCUCACGCCCGCCGAGGUGGCCAGCGCUGCUAGCGCCGCCGAGGCUACCCUGGCUAAGGAGGAGGAGGAGGAGGAGGAGGUGGAGGAGGGAGAGGGGGAGGCGACGGUGAAGGCGGAGGGAGAGACUCCAAAAGCCGAUGAGGUCAAGGAGGAAGUGGAGGUUGAAGGAGAAGGUAAAGAGGAGAACCUGGCCUCCCCCAAGAAGGAGGUGAAGGAGGAGGAGACGGAGCUCCCGGCCUCAAGCCAAGAGGAGCAGAAGGAGAAGCCGUCAGAACCAAUCGGAUCAGACCAGGAGGAGACCGGGAAGCAGGGAGGAGAGGAGGAGGUGGAGGCAACGGCGAUUGAACCCCCCUCAUCCCCUCCCAAGGAGCAGCCCAAGACCAUGAGUCCCCAGAAGGAGGUGCUGGAGGAGCCGGAGGAGGAGGGCCGGGGGACAGAGGGCAGCUCUCCUCCUUCUCCCAAGUCUCCCCCGACCGAGAGGAGUCAGGAGGAGGAUGAGGAGAAGAUGGACGAAGACGACAAAUCUGAGAAGUCUUCCCAGGCGGAGGCGAGCGCUCCGUCGGAGCAGAAGAACUUUGACGAGGACAGCAACGUGUCUCUGCCGGCGUCGGGGCGGGACGAGACGGCGGAGCCCUCGGCGCUGCAGGACCUCCUGCCCGGGCUGCCGGAGCGCAGCUACUCCUUCUCCUUCUGGCCCAAGGAUCGGGUGAUGAUCAACCGGAUGGAUAAUAUUUGCGACGCCAUCUUGAAGGGCAAGUGGCCGGUCAACAGGCGCCAGCUCUUUGACUUCCCCGGCAACCUGUUGCCGGGCUACAGUGCCGCGGCGACCUCCGCCACGGCCGUCGCACCGGCAACGGAGAGCCCGCUGCAGAGGCGGAGCCUAGCGGAGCUGUCAAUGGCGGCCGCACACGCCGCCUACAGCGGCAGUGAAGACAUCACCCUGUCCCCGCAUGUGCACGAGGACCCCCUCAGCUUGACGGUGCCGCGGCAGCGCCGGCGGAGGAGGAGGAAGGUGGAGAUCGAGGCGGAGCGCGCAGCCAAGAGGCGCAACCUGAUGGACAUGGUGGCCCAGCUGAGAGAGAGCCACGCUGCUACAGACACCCAGAACCACGCCAUGGACCUCACUAAGGGCAUGCACCAUCACCACAAGGCUGCCGCCUCAUUGGCCGGCUUCUCCAGCCCCUCCCUCAAGGCCCAGAUGGAACUGUUGCAGCAGCAGAUCCCGCCCUCCGGCCACAGGGCCAACGGCUCAUUGGACGCCGACCUGCCCAUAAUGCGAAGGAGGCGUGGCCGCAGGAAAAAUGUAGAGGGACUGGAAAUGCUGUUCAUGGGCAACAAGAAAGGAGGAGCAGCAGCGGGAGGAGCAGCAGCAGAAGGAGGAGCAGAAGGGGACGAAUCGGAGGGGACCAAGGCUUCGGCGGGUGAGGGGGUCCGCGAGGCAUCCCGGGGCGGGCGAGGGGCAGGGGGUUCCGGGCGGAGUCCGGGCCGACGCCCCCCCGCCGCGCCGGAGGACGGAGAGACGGCCACCGCGUCCAAUCAGGAGCUCAGAGACUGGCUGCAGCAACACCCCUCCUACACCAUGGACAUGACCAGCUUCACACCAAAGAGCGAGGACCUGAUGAUGUCCCAGCUGUCCAAGCCCAAGCAGAAGCGCCACCGCUGCAGGAACCCCAACAAGAUCGACAUCAACACGCUGACCGGGGAGGAGAGGGUCCCCGUGGUGAACCGCCGCAACGGACGCAAGAUGGGCGGGGCCAUGGCUCCACCAAUGAAAGAGCUCUCCCGGUGGCUGCUGGAAAACCCAGAGUUUGCCAUCGCUCCCGAUUGGACAGACAUCGUCAAGCAGUCGGGUUUCCUCCCAGAAGCCAUGUUCGACCGCCUGCUGACCGGCCCGGUCGUCCGCGAGGAGGGGGUCCGUCGUCGUGGGCGAAGACCAAAGUCUGAGAUAGCGAAGGCUGCGGCGGCCGCCCAGGCAGCGGCUGCAGCCCAGGCCGCCCAGGCUACACUGGCCUCCGCUGCCUCCUCCAGCGGAGGUCUGAACCCGCUGCUGCUCAGCAGUCUCCUGGGGGGGAUGGACCUGUCGUCGCUGCAGAGCCUCCAGUCUCUCCAGCUGGGGGGGAUGGACCUGUCGUCCCUCCAGAGCCUGCAGUCCCUGCAGCUGGCUGCCGGCCUCAUGGCUUUCCCGCCCUCCUCGGACCCCAAGCAGGCGGCCGCCAACGCGGCAGCGGCCUCCAUGCUGCCCCUCAUGCUGCCCGGCAUGGGGGGGCUUGGGGGCAUGGGGGGGCUGUCCAACAUGUUCAGCCUGGGCGGUCUGGGCGGUCUGUUCGGAGGGAACUUAGCCGCCGCCUCGUCACAGUCGCCAUUCGGCGCCAUGGUAACGGGGACGGCCGGCAACGGAACCCUGGAGGAGGAAGAGGAGGUGGAGGAAGAGGAGGAAGGGAGCAGCAAGAGGAGGAGAGACGAGGAGGAGGGGAGAGAGGGAGGAGCUGCGGAGGAGGGAGAAGCAGAAGGGAAGAAGGCGAAGAGAAGGAAGAGGAAGGCGGAGCGCGAGGAGAAGGCCAGCGGCAGCGUGGCCGCGCCCCUGGCGGCGGACCCGCCCUCGGAGGCGGCGGUGCUGAACGGAGACGCGGCGGCGCUGCUGGCCGGCCUGUCGGCCAACUCUCUGGGCUUCAACCCCUUCCUGCUGUCCAGCAUGGCCCCGGGGCUCUUUUACCCCUCGGUGUUCCUGCCCCCCGGCCUGGCCGCCCUCGGCCUGCAGGGCUUCCCCUCGGCCUCCGCCAGCACGCUGGCUCAGCUGCAGAGCGCAAUGGCCACCGCCUCCGCCGUUGCCACGGCCACCAGCAGCCCCACCCCCAGGAAGGAGGGAGGAGCGGCAGGAGAGGAGCAGGGCGGCGCGGCGGCCCAGGAGGGCGGAGGAGCGGACAGUGACUUGGGCGGAGAGAGAGAAGAGGAGGAGGAGGAGGAGACGGGAGGAGAGGGGGAUGACUCACCGAUUGAGGAGGAGGAGAGGGAAGGGGAGGGCGAGCAGGAGGGCUCCUCAGAGAAGGACAAGAGUGACUGAAGGUAAAAAAGGAAAAGAGGACACGACAGGAAACACAAACUUGACCGACCUCGGGGUAUAACGAAGGCCCGGUCUCUCCGUCUGUCUCUCUCCCCCCUCCCCCCUCAGAUAUCUAAGCGGGAUGAGUUCUCAUCUUUCUGUUGUGUGUCCUGGUUCUGCCAGCUAUAUCUACUGUGUGUGGGAGCGCGGUCUCUCUCGGUAGUCUAGUCAGGAUCCUCUACUGGGAGGGGGCGGGGCCCCUCCUCCACCUAGUUUGACCUUCAACCUGUCGGCACUGUGCAGUGCUUCAGAAGUGAUAAAGUAUAAAGAGCAAGCGGUCUGCUGGCCGCCUCAGGAGUCGGUGUUUCCAGAACUGUCUCUGGACUCUUGAUAUUGACUGAAGUUACACUUUGAUUUUCUUUUUUUCUUCCUUAACAUUCUAAAAACGGCAUUAUGAGGUCGCCCGCCUGUCUGACGACGCUGCUGCAAAGGAAUUGUGGGUAAUGGAGUUUAUCUGCUGCAUCGUCUCAGAGCAGAUUUUGUUUUGUAAUUUUAUUACUUUUUUUUGUAGUUCUCACAUAUCAGACCAGGUUGACUUUAAAGCGUUUCUACAUGUCUGUCACACACUGCAAUACCCACGCGCACACGCAGAGGACCAGCCCACAUCCAGGUCCAACUCUGACCCAGGUCAAACUUACAUCCAGGUCAAACUCGCAUUCGGGUGGUCUAGCUCACAUCCGGGCGGUCUAGCUCACAUCCAGGUCUAGCUCGCGCUGGGUCCUGCGUGUGGUGUGUUGGAACGGCCCGGUGACUGAACCCCCUCUCAAGGGUCUUACUACUGUCUUCAUCUCUCUCUGGGAUCGUCUGCUCUGCCUGGCAUGGGCGGGCGGGGGUUGGGGACCUCUGAUUGGCUGGUGUCUCUCAGGCAGGAGCGGUCUCUCCCAGGGGAGGGAGCCGGGGGAACGUGGUCUCUCCCGGUCCGGGUUGGAACUCCGCCCACCCGACCUGUUGUCCGUUGUUGUCCUGCGCCGUAGCCAUGGCAGCGGCUGAUCUAGUCUCACACUGUGGAACGCCGUGGAACACUGAACACGCGGCGCUCACUAAAAAAUAGGUUCUAUAUCAUAUAUAUCUAUGAAUUAUGGGCUGGUGUAUUGUCGUGGAAACACAGGUUGACAUCGCUGCCUUUUAAACGCUGUGGGCGUCUUGAACGCAUCCCCCCCCCUGCUGACACAGCAAUAAUCAAGGCAGCUUUUGAAUGUUCAGACAUAACAUACACACACACAAACACGCACACACAUAAACACACAAACACAAACAGUACAUGACUAACCAGAUGUGUGGUAUGAAAUAAAAAUGAACCUAAACUGUAAAUGAUGAAUAAUACUGCAAUCAUGUCUCACUCUGUUCCUGUUGAUGCACUGGUGUUGAGAGUUCAAUAUAAUCAGGUACCUUUAUUACUUAGCUACUUUCUUGAAAUGGACUUUUAGUUACUUUUAGCCAGCAAGCUGAAGAGCAUUACCUCAAAAUUAUCUAGCCUUGAAGUUUACAGACUUACCGUGUACAUGUUCUUUAUUUUGGUGUGUCUUUUUGUUUUAUUUUGUUUUUUGAGACAUCAUUAUGAUGAAUUGUAGCUAUGAUGCUUUUAAUAAAAGUGAAUCACAAUAUUCGCCUAGGAAACCACAUC